CUCCGGAGGAGCAGCAACACAUUUUCCUCCAGAGAGUUUAAAAGCAUGCACGCGCGCGGCGCCUCCAUGCUUUUCACGGAGCAAUUUAGCUCGCGCUGUAAAUUACCAUGGUGACACAGCCGCCUGCAUAAAAGCCUACGUCCACACUUCUCACUUUGUGAGUCCGGAUUGUGACCGUGACAACGUCGUCAGAACCAGCUCCAUGACUCCGAACUCCUCCGAAGACACUCGGACCAUCUCUGUCUUCACCUCCAAGCUGACUCCAGCGGCUGACGUGUGUGUGGGACUGGUCAUCCUCUCCGUCGUUCUGCUCUCUGUUCUGGGAAAUGGGCUGGUUCUGGUAAUUUGUUACCGCAGGAGGAAGAAGAUGGUGGGCUCAGAGUUGCUGUGCGUCAACCUAGCCGUGGUCGACUUCCUCUGCUGCAUCUGCUUCUACCCGCUCUCCAUCCUGUCCUCUUUCCACCACCGUUGGCUUGGAGAAAACAUCACAUGUGUUUACUACGGCCUCGGCUGCUACAUCUUUGGCCUGUGUGGCAUGUUCACCAUCGCCGCCAUCAGUAUAAUCCGCUACCUGAAGACCUGCUACAGCUCCAUUUAUGCUGGGUGGCUGAAAGGAGCUAACAUCAACAUAGCGUGCGGCUCCACCUGGCUCAUCGCUGCUGUGUGGUCCAGCUUGCCCCUGUUUGGUUGGGGCAAGUACGUCCCUGAGCCGUACGGACUGUCCUGCACCAUCGCCUGGAAGGGAUAUCAUACCUCAGCCAAGGAUGCCUUCUACGUCAUCUGCUCCUUCGCCUGCUUCACAAUGGUUCCAGUCCUCCUCAUCGUGGUGUCCCAGUGUCAGAUCCUCUACAAGGUGUCUCGCUUCUCCCACUUGCUGUCUGCGAAACACAGCCGCAACAAACUGCGAUACGCUGAAAAACAACUCUCCAUGAUGUUUUUCUGCAUCAGCCUGGGUUUUAUAAUUGCCUGGGCGCCAUACGCUAUUGUGUCCUUCCUCUUCAUUUUCCACAAGGGGACCCAGUACAUGGCUCCUGAGGGCUUCGUGUUUUCCGCCCUCUUUGCCAAAAGCUCCCACAUCUACAACCCAUUUAUUUACUUUUACUUUAACCAGCCUUUCCAAAAGGAGCUCCGCUGCCUGCUCUGUCCCAAGUUGGGAGGAAACCAAGUGGGCGUCGACUUUGCCGAAGUCCAAGUUCAAUAUCCCAUCCACAUUCAGCUCCAGGAAAGACGCUACGUCCAAAAGAAGAAUGUUGAUUUAUCUUGUGUCAUAACUCACAGCAAAGAAAGACAAAGAACAAAGAAUCGCACAGAAACCGCAAUCGUGUCGUGAUCAGGCCGGUAUAUGCCAGUGUGUAAAACAAAACAUUUCAUAAAACACUUUAACAUUUCACUCAGCAUUUCAACAUUUCACAAAACAGCAAAGCAAAAAAUAAAAUGACAUUUGAUGAGACCCAAACCGGAAAAGGUAGGUACGUAUUGGACAAUGAUUCCUCGUUGCAGAUUGGAUGGACUGGCUGUCAGUCUGUGACAAACGGUAGUUCUUCUCCUUUUGGAUUUAAGGCAGACUGAUGACCUACGGCUGGUAGGUAGGUAGGUAGACACAAAACUAAAACCCAGAUAACAUAAAUGCACGCCCAAAUAAUUAACAAAACCUUGUUAAAAACAUCAACUAGGACAGGAACAGUUCAGAACACAGUCCCAUGAGCCUUUGUACUGCUUAAAUUCAGAACAGUCAAUUUAGGGCGCAAGGCGUCACGCCUGCCGUUACAGCCUACUAUAUUGCGCUUCAGAGUGUAACCUAUGUUGCAACCUAAAAGUAUUAUUUUAGAAUAGCCUAGAAUAGGGAUAUGCUUAAUUCUGUAGGCAAAUUUUGUUGUAAUUUAAUUUGAUAAUUGAAUAUUCUAUUUAUAUUCUGUAUCGUGCGUCGUCGCCAGACAAAAUGUAUUGAGUGAAUUCCAGUCAAUCAAUAUACAGUAAGCCUAUGUUAUAGCCUAUAGGUUUAAAUGUAUUUCAAUUCAUUCAAUACAUGUUCCAGGCCCUUUAUCCAUUAUACAAGUUGCUCUUAAAGUACUGACAGUGUAAAAAUAAUACAAUUAAAUUCUAGUACCUCAUCACCUUAUGUGACCUGGAGCCUACCGUUGGAAGAAGCCAUUUUAACUCUAACAUUGAUUGAACAUUGGCACCAUCUACUGGAUCAUACACUAAUUGCCUUUAUUAAGCAUAAUAGAUCUGUUUACCUGUAACUUUAUGUACGUAUAUGCAUGCAUGUAUACACUUUAUCAUAUAGUACCAGUGCUUAAAUUGGCUUUUGUAGGAGGGGGAGCCCUUAUUUACGGUGAAUGGUCAUCAUUCAAAAUCGCGCCGUAAAACUACUUGUUUUUUCACACCAAAUUGGGUAUUCAGUAUUCAAACAAAGAAAUACUUUACAAUUCACUUACUUUUUUUUUUUUACCUUUAGGCUAAUGUUAACAGACAGGUAACGGAUUUUACACUUGGUAAAUGUAUGAAAUUGAACAUGUUUGAAAAUAUUGGUUGACAAAUAUGUAAACAAGAAAAUUUUGUUGAUUUAAGAGAAUCUGGGAAAAUUUCUGAUGGGGGCAGUCUGGGGGUCCACCCCCAGAAUUUUUUUUGCAUAAAAUUCUUUAUUCCCUGCAUUUUGGUGAAUUUGUAUGCACCUAUUUCUAUAUUUUUCUGAAUCAAUAUGCCUGAAAUAUAAAAAACUAUACAGUGGGGAGAACAAGUAUUUGCUACACUGCUGAUUUUGCAGGUUUUCCUACUUACAAAGCAUGUAGAGGUCUGUGAAUUGUAUCAUAGGUACACUUCAACUGUGGGAGACAGAAUCUGAAAAAAAUCCAGAAAAUCACAUUGUAAGAUUUUUAAAUAAUUGGAAUUUUAUUGCAUGACAUAAGUAUUUGAUAAAUCAGAAAAGCAGAACAUAAUAUUUGGUACAGAAACCUUUGUUUGCAAUUCUAGAGAUUAUAUGUUUCCUGUAGUUCUUUUUGGCCCACUCCUCCAUACAGACCCACUCCAGAUCCUUCAGGUUUUGGGGCCGUCGCUGGGCAGUACAGACUUUAUGCUCCCUCCAAAGAUUUUCUAUUGGGUUCAGGUCUGGAGACUGGUUAGGCCACUCCAGGACCUUGAGAUGCUUCUUACAGAGCCACUCCUUAGUUGCCCUGGCUGUGUGUUUCGGGUCGUUGUCAUGCUGGAAGACCCAGCCACGGCUCAUCUCCAACGCUCUUACUGAAGGAAGGAGGUCGUUGGCCAAGAUCUCCUGAUUCAUGGCCCCAUCCAUCCUCCCCUCAACACGGUGCAGUCGUCCUGUCCCCUUUGCUGAAAAGCUUCUGUGGUCCCAGCUCAAGUAAACAAGUAUGGCGUUAUGAAAUCGGGGGGGGGGGGGUAACUUUUGCUGCUAAAGAUUUCUAAAGAAUUUUUGCUAUAUUUUACCUUUUAAAAGUAACUUGCCCAACACUGCUA